AUGCUCGAUAUUCGAUUGUUGAUUGGAGCUAAUAUGAGAAGAGUAAGUGAGAAAAAUUCUAACUUUCUAGUCAGAAAUUGAUUAAAUUCAAGCUUUUCCUGAUUAAAAUCUUGAAAACUCUUGAUUUUAUCAGGUUUCUAUUUGAAUUUCAACUGGGUUUUAAUCAAAACUUGGAAUUUUCAGGUAAAAAGAUUGCUGCAAUAAACAUCGUCAAGAUUAUCGGGCGAUUCUCCUUUGACGGACGCGAAAACCAUUGCCAAUUCCUUCUAAAUUUUCAAUGCUCACGAAAUAUAUGAGCGUCUGGAUUUCUUGGUAAUUAGAAGUGGCCCAGAAUCGUUGACACAUCUGAAAAACAACGGAUCGAUAGAGGUUUUGGGGUUUUCGACUGAGAGAAUGCUGAUCGAAUUAUGCUAUUUUGGAUGAGUUCAAAACAAGAUGAAAAUGACUGGAAGGGCAAAAAAUAUUUGGAUAUGAAUUGAGCAAAAAAUUGAUGGCACUGAUAUUUGUAAGCAUUUUGGAUUUGAAAAAUUGAACUAUAACGUGGCGAAUUUUACGAUUUUCAAUGUUUUCACCCAGGAAUUGUACAUAAUAAGCUACAAUUGUUUCUGACGAGGGAAGUGUGUGAGCUGUCUGCGGAGAUUUUGAAUGAGAAUUUUCUGAAAGUUGCGUUUUUGAGAGCCCGUAACUCUUGUUAGAGAAGUUUUCAUUAAAAACUGAAUCCGGGGCGAUGUUCAGAAGGGUAUAUUACCAAACUCAAAAAUUUUGACAAAAUUUUCAAAUGUGCAAUCACCUAGGCCUAUUUUUUGAGCCACGAAAUUUUUUCCAAAAAAAUAUGGAGUUGAUAACCAAAAACUUGUGAUUUUGGUAAAUUGACCCUCCUGAACAACGUCAUGCAUUAAGUUUUUCUUUAAAAAAUCUUCUCUAAAAUGAGUUGUGGGCUCUCAAAACCACGAAUUUUCACAAAAUCUCAAUUCUUGGCUCAUUUUUCGGAUCAGGAACUUUCUCAGCGUGAAAAAUUCUACAAAAUGGUAUAAGUACGCCGCAUUGAAAAUCUCCCAGGGCCAUUCACACAUUUUGCUCGUGAGCUAAUUUUCUUGGCUCCACCCGGACCUUGUUAGAAGCGUCGUGUUCAACGCGACAAGCUCGCUCUAUAACACUGUGUUUUCCAAAAACCGUUAUCAUCCAAAUAUUUUUUCAGAUCAAAAGAUCAGCGCUGAACGAAUUGAUCGAUAAUAUCACAACAACAAAAGAAUGGUCUCCCGAAACAUCUUCCGCGUUUUCCCGCCAUCCGAAAACUUUGAAUUCGAUCCAGAAGAAGACGAGCCAAUUCUCGAAGUCUCUUGGCCACAAUUGCAACUCAUCUACGAGCUCUUCUAACGAUUACUCAAAUUGCCCGAUUUUUUUGGCAAAAAGUAUAUCUAUCAGCGAUUUGUGCUGAAAUUAUUGGAUUUGUUCGAUUCGGAAAAUCCAAGAGAACGCGAUUUUCUGAAAAUUGUUUUGCAUCGAAUUUAUGACAAAUUUUUGGGAUUGAGAGCUUUCAUUCGUAAUGUUUUUGAGGUGAGAAAUUUGGAAAAUUAAAAAAAAAUUUGCAUAGAAAAAUUAGAACUUCUCUAAAAAAAGGUUUUUCUGAAAAAUUCAUGUAAUUUUAUUGAAUUAAUUAAUUUUUUCUGAAUUCUCAGAAAAAUGAACUGAAAGCUAUGCCCAAUUUGUUUAUUUUUAUUCAAAAACUAUGAAUUUUUCAGAAAAAAAUCAACAAUUCCAAAUGUAUUCAAUAUAUCGAUCAAUAUUGUUCCAUAUUUGCUCUCUAUAUUGGUAAGUUGUUGAAUUUUAAUGAAAACUUGCAUGAAAUUCUGAAUUUUUAAUUUGAAACUGAUAAAAUGUCUAUUUUUCUUGAUUUUCUUUGUGAAAAUCUUGAAAAAUAUUUAAUUUUAUCAGUUCCAAAUUGAAAUUUCAGCGGAGAUGCGGAAGCUAUGCCCAAUUUUUGAAUUUUUAUUCAAAAAACUUUAAAUUUUCGAAUAUUAAAUUAAUUGAUCCUUUUUUUCAGAUUAAAAUCAACAAUAUGAAAUGGUUCCAAUAUAAUUGUGCUGAAAGUUUCGAGUUUUGAUCGAAAAAAUAGGUAAGUUUUGAUAACUGACAUGAAAUUCUGGAAUUUUAAUUUGAAACUGAUAAAAUGUCUAUUUUUCUUGAUUUUUUUUAAUUGAAAAUCAGGAAAAAUAUUUAAUUUUAUCAGUUACAAAUUGAAAUUUCAGCGGAGAUGCGGAAGCUAUGCCCAAUUUUUGAAUUUUUAGAGAAAAACUUUAAAUUUUCGAAUAAUAAAUUAAUUGAACUUUUUUUUCAGAUCGACUUACAACAAUAUGAAUUGGCUCAAUUGAAUUGUGCAAAGAUAGUCGAGUUUUGAUUCAAAAAUUGGUAAGUUUUGAUAAUUGACAUGAAAUUCUGGAAUUUUAAUUUGAAACUGAUGAAAUUUCUAUUUUUCUUGAUUUUUUUAAUUAAAAAUCUUGAAAAAUGGAUGAUUUCAUCAGUUACAAAUUGAAAUUUCAGCGGAGAUGCGGAAGCUAUGCCCAAUUUUUGAAUUUUUAUUCAAAAACUUUAAAUUUUCGAAUAAUAAAUUAAUUGAACCUUUUUUUCAGAACAAUAUCAACAAUUCACAUUGGUUCCAUUCAAUUGUUCCAAGAUUUUCGAGUUUUGAUUCAAAAAUUGGUAAGUUUUGAUAAUUGACAUGAAAUUCUGGAAUUUUAAUUUGAAACUGAUGAAAUUUCUAUUUUUCUUGAUUUUUUUUAUUGAAAAUCAGGAAAAAUAUUUAAUUUUAUCAGUUACAAAUUGAAAUUUCAGCGGAGAUGCGGAAGCUAUGCCCAAUUUUUUGAAUUUUUAGAGAAAAACUUUAAAUUUUCGAAUAAUAAAUUAAUUGAUCCUUUUUUUCAGAACAAUAUCAACAAUUCACAUUGGUUCCAUUCAAUUGUUCCAAGAUUUUCGAGUUUUGAUUCAAAAAUUGGUAAGUUUUGAUAAUUGACAUGAAAUUCUGGAAUUUUAAUUUGAAACUGAUGAAAUUUCUAUUUUUCUUGAUUUUUUUAUUGAAAAUCAGGAAAAAUAUUUAAUUUUAUCAGUUACAAAUUGAAAUUUCAGCGGAGAUGCGGAAGCUAUGCCCAAUUUUUGAAUUUUUAGAGAAAAACUUUAAAUUUUCGAAUAAUAAAUUAAUUGAUCCUUUUUUUCAGAACAAUAUCAACAAUUCACAUUGGUUCCAUUCAAUUGUUCCAAGAUUUUCGAGUUUUGAUUCAAAAAUUGGUAAGUUUUGAUAAUUGACAUGAAAUUCUGGAAUUUCAAUUUGAAACUGCUAAAAUUUCUAUUUUUCUUGCUUUUUUAUUGAAAAUCAGGAAAAAUAUUUAAUUUUAUCAGUUACAAAUUGAAAUUUCAGCGGAGAUGCGGAAGCUAUGCCCAAUUUUUGAAUUUUUAGAGAAAAACUUUAAAUUUUCGAAUAAUAAAUUAAUUGAUCCUUUUUUUCAGAACAAUAUCAACAAUUCACAUUGGUUCCAUUCAAUUGUUCCAAGAUUUUCGAGUUUUUGAUUCAAAAAUUGGUAAGUUUUGAUAAUUGACAUGAAAUUCUGGAAUUUCAAUUUGAAACUGCUAAAAUUUCUAUUUUUCUUGAUUUUUUUUAUUGAAAAUCAGGAAAAAUAUUUAAUUUUAUCAGUUCCAAAUUGGAAUUUCAGCGGAGAUGCGGAAGCUAUGCCCAAUUUUUGAAUUUUUAGAGAAAAACUUUAAAUUUUCGAAUAAUAAAUUAAUUGAUCCUUUUUUUCAGAACAAUAUCAACAAUUCACAUUGGUUCCAUUCAAUUGUUCCAAGAUUUUCGAGUUUUGAUUCAAAAAUUGGUAAGUUUUGAUAAUUGACAUGAAAUUCUGGAAUUUUAAUUUGAAACUGAUGAAAUUUCUAUUUUUCUUGAUUUUUUUAAUUAAAAAUCUUGAAAAAUAGUUAAUUUUAUCAGUUACAAAUUGAAAUUUCAGCGGAGAUGCGGAAGCUAUGCCCAAUUUUUGAAUUUUUAGAGAAAAACUUUAAAUUUUCGAAUAAUAAAUUAAUUGAUCCUUUUUUUCAGAACAAUAUCAACAAUUCACAUUGGUUCCAUUCAAUUGUUCCAAGAUUUUCGAGUUUUGA